AAUAGCAACGCCGCCGUCCGGCUUCUCCGGAGAGCUCGGGGCCCGUCUACACUACGGGGGCCCCGACCACCCUGUGGCCCUGCGGGGGCAGUUAAUCCUCCUCUCUGAGAGGCGGUGGGCAGCGGAGGCCCUCCCUGGACCCCGCUGCCUCUGCGCCGGGCGUUAGCCUGGCUGCCGCGCCCAGGGCAGGCGCGGGCUCGCAGGGCAGGCGCGGGCUCGCAGCCCUGAGCGAAGGAGCUCGGCUGGCCGAAGCUUACGGGACCUGGCCUGACUCUGAACCAGUUCCAGAUUUACGUCGUGGGGCUGCCCUCACGGCCUGGCCACUGGGGUCACGGAGCAGGUGUUUAGUUAGGGGCGGACCGCGCUGGUCCUUUCAGCUCUGCCGGACCCCUUUAAGGAGAGACUGCUGUAUAAAUAGUCGGUCUACGAAGGGCCGUGCUGGCUAAUUGGUUAAGUGUUGCCAGCUCUUCUCAUUUCAUCACGAGAGUCCUGAUAGUUGGCGCUAAGCUCUGGUUCCUGGAUUCACUUGUGAGUCUCUCCGCUAUUCUUUAAAACAAAACAAAACCAAAAAAAGUUUUUGGCUCUCGUGGUUGCAGAGAAAAGCCUGCAAAUGUGACCCAGAUUGCCCUCAAAGGCUCAGAAAGCAGAAGAUCAGCUCUACGGCAGCUGGCUCCCUUCCCAAACAAGUGAAAAUAGUUGAAGUUGGCCCAAGAGAUGGACUGCAGAAUGAAAAAAAUAUUGUCCCUACACAGGUGAAAAUCAGCUUAAUUAAUAUGCUGUCUGAAACAGGACUUCCGGUCAUAGAGGCUACCAGUUUUGUGUCUCCCAAAUGGGUUCCUCAGAUGGCUGACCACACAGAAGUCUUGCAGGGAAUUCAGAAAUUUCCUGGUGUCAGCUACCCAGUACUGACCCCUAAUCUUAAAGGAUUUCAAGCAGCGGUGGCAGCAGGGGCCAAAGAGGUGUCUAUCUUUGGAGCAGCUUCUGAACUCUUCACUAAGAAGAACAUUAACUGUUCCAUAGAGGAGAGUUUGCAGAGGUUCAGUGAAGUGAUGCAUGCAGCAGGAGCAGCCAGUGUUCCAGUCAGAGGGUAUGUUUCUUGUGUUCUUGGUUGUCCCUAUGAAGGAAAGAUUGCCCCUGCUAAAGUUGCAGAGGUAUCCAAGAAGAUGUACUCAAUGGGGUGCUACGAGAUUUCUCUGGGUGACACCAUCGGUGUUGGGACCCCUGGGAGCAUGAAGGAAAUGCUCUCUGCAGUCAUGAAAGAGGUACCCGUCGGGGCCCUUGCUGUUCACUGCCAUGAUACCUAUGGGCAGGCUCUCGCCAACACCUUAGUAGCACUUCAGAUGGGUGUGAGUGUGGUCGAUUCCUCAGUUGCUGGUCUCGGAGGCUGCCCGUACGCACAAGGAGCCUCAGGAAAUGUAGCUACAGAAGACUUGGUGUACAUGCUACAUGGCCUGGGGAUUCAUACCGGAGUGGAUCUACAGAAGCUGAUGGAGGCAGGUGUGUUUAUCUGCAAAGCACUGAACAGAAGGACCAGUUCCAAAGUGGUUCAGGCUUCCUGCAAACUGUGACAUGGAUCAGUUUCUCCUCCGACAAGUCAGCAAAGAAAGCCUCAGUGCAGAUCUGGAGCCCUGCCAAGUUUACAUUUGCUGCCUGGGUUGUGCUUAAAUAUUCCCUUUUGCCAUCUGGACUUGGUGAAUGGGAGACUAUAUAUAGUAGAAUCUACAAAGAAAUGAAAUAAACAAGAAUGCUAUAGCAGACUUAGAUGAACAUGUUACACAUCUUUAAAGAGAGAGGGGAGCUGGCCUCUGACAGUGCCAUCAUGAAAUGGACAAACUUGUAUCUGAGGGAAGAGUAAGGGACACAACCGUUGCUUUUUCGCAGAGAACAGAAGGCAGUAGGCACCUCAGAAACUUCUUUGAGCUUUCUUGAUGGGGGUAAUGGGUUUUUUUUGUUUGAGGUUAACAUGGAGCUCAGAAGAGCAUCCACUCAGGUUAAUUACCACCUCCAGGGGAUUGUCGUGAUAGGACUAACACUACAGUGCACCCAGUUAGAGCACUUUCCUUGGGUCAGACUGGUUUUAGCUUCUCAGAACUGCAUGGAGCAAUCCUCUCCUUGCAACACAAGCAAACAGAUUGAAAACACAAGGAAGCACCUUUAUUCUGUAAAUCUGAGUGAAUAUCAAGGAUGUAGAUCCAGCUUUGGAUCUUAGCUCUUAGUAUUCAGUAGUGGAGGAUGGUAUGGGUCAAAAGAUGCUUUUCAGAUAAUUGUCAGUUGUGUUAGGGAAAGAUAGAGAUUUUAUCAUCUGAAAUAUUAGAGUAGCAAAAAUCUGGUGUAAUUAAACGGGGGAAAGAACAACUUAGUACUAAGUCUGUGACAGGAAAUCCUAUCAAGAUAACUACUGUGUGAGCAGCAUGCGAAUGGGAGAGUGUGGAAGAAGUGCCUUAUGGUUACAGGACUGCAGAGAAAAUCUAGACCAGGGGUUCUCAAACUUUAUUGCACUGUGACACCCUUCUGUCAAUAAAAAUUACUGCAUGACCCCAGGAUGGGGGACCAAAGCCUGAGCCUGCCCGAGUCCCGCUGCCCCAGAUGGUGGGGCCAAAGCCUGAGCCCCACCACCCCGGGUGGUGGGGGCCAAAGCCCUCAGGGCUUCAGCUUCAGUCCCGGAUGGUGGGGUUUGGCUUUAGUCCCGGGCCCUAGUAAGUCUAAGGCAUCCCUGGUGACCUCAUUAAAAUGGGGUCGCGACCCACAGUUUGAGAAGCACUGAUCUAGACCAACAGGGCAAGAAGAAAUUAAACAGAACUAGUAUAAUUUCUGUACUUUGCUUGAAUUUCUCAUGUCAGCUGGAAUUGUCAGCCAUUCAGUUUCUAUGGAACUCUUUUUAUCACUGAACAAAUUAUUAAAUGCUUUUUCAUAAAAGUAUGGAUAAUUAAAAAGAGCCUGAGCCAAUUACUAAUACACAAAACUUGUAUUGAUGGCAGGUGGGCAUCUGUUUCAUGGCUAACCUCUCUAUUAUGUACGUUCCACUGGGAUGAUCUUUACGGCACCAACAUCCUUUUUGCAAAACACUGGCAUCAUAAAUGUUUAUGUAACAUCAGUAAAUUAUAAAUAAAUAAAUUAAAAAUGACAGCG